AUAGCAACGCUUUCAGCUGUCCCUUUCCCAAGGCCUUCUUAGUUCAGCAACCCUCCACCCUCCAUCUGCAGGAGGCCUUCGCUGUUUGGGUGGGGUGUGGAUGUGCACUUCUGGCUCAGCGAGGGACAGUGCUCUGGCUUCGUGUUGGGGGAACAGCUUAUCUGGGAGCCAGAUCACCGGGGAGGGACGGCGACAAAGAAUGUUCAUUUAAGGAAAAAUAAUAUCAAAACAUUUCAAGACUUUUAAAAGCACACCCUAAAUUCUGGGCAAAGAGGGCUGGAGGGUGGGAAAGUCACCUUAGUGCAAACUCCAUAUAACAAAGAAGAGACUAUCUAUUGAGGACCCACCACGGAGUCAAUCGGGACCGAAGAUGCUGGACAGGGUUGAGCCAGGUUUUCAGGACCUGUGCAGAAAAGUGCUGCCCACACUGCCGACGCUGAGCCAAGAAGAAGUCUCUACUAUCUGGGCGAAUGUUUCAGACUUUGUGGAACGGCAGCUAACUAUGCACAAGGGUGUUCAGAUUUCAGGACUUGGAACUUUCACUUUCUCAAGGCAGCAGCUUGAGGUGGGAAACAAGAAGUUUGUUCUAGUGCAGAGGCCGGUGUUUAUCAUGGCAGAGAAGUUAGUGCAGACCCAUGGACUCAAACAAAACAAAGUAUUUUCUCCUGGUGAUAUUCCAGUUGUUCCACUUAAUUUUGUCAUGAUAUCCCUGGAGGGUCCGUUUAACAGGGAUACAGUAGAAGGGUGUGUUAAGGAGACACUACUUUUUUUAUCGAGAUCCAUUUCUGCCAAACAAAACGUGGAGUUCACAUUCAAAGGAAUUGGGGUCCUUUCGAUCAGAGACAGCAAAGUGAAGAUGAGGUUUUAUAAGGACUUCCUCUGUUCGAUGGAUGGAAGCGGCACCUUGACUAAAGCCCUUGCAAAUAGGCCUGGCACCAUGGACUCGGUGCUGUCCAGCAGAGAGUCCUGUGGAAAACGUCCCAACAGUGCGAUGGCCUUUCCAAGGAUUGAGCACAAAGAGACGGAGAACAAAAUACCCGCAGAGGUUUUUGGAGAGGAAGGUGGAGAGAACAGACCAAGGAAGAUCAAGUUGAAAGACCAGCCAGACAAAGAAGAAGGAGCCAGGGAGAUCUCAUCACCCAAGAAACACCGUGAGAGACAAUCUAUCUCUCCUGCUAAAGUGACAAGCGUCAGCUUGCUGGACAAGUUUGAGCGAAGUGGGAACGGUGGGAAGACCACGGCCUGCGAAAACUUGUCAUCUCCAGGUUGUCAGAGAAAUGACAACGAGAGGCCCAGAACAUCUCCUGCCCCAGCUUGCCAGGAUCAUAAUAAGGCAGGACAGGAAAUGUGCUAUGUGUGUUUGCAACGAGCACAACGGAAUUUCCCAUUGUACUAUGGAGAUGAGAGGAGGAGGAGAGAGAUUGAAGAUGAGCGACUCAUGCAACAGUACCAAAUCCUGAAAGAUCAGGAGGCUUUCUUCAAGAACCAGGUGAAGAGCAUGGCCGCUAGGGAGCAGAACCAGAAGAACGCUGCUUAUAACCUCGGAGUGGCUGAAGCUAUCAGGAGUCACAAGAACGAGAAGCCCGAAUUUUAUAAAUCCUUCCUCUUUGAUAAACGACCUCUUAGUCCUGAGAUUAACACUUUUAAGCAGGAGGAAUAUUCCCAAAGUCUCCUGAAACAAAUGGAAAGCAAACGGGAGAAGGAGAUAAAGCAAAGACAAAACCGAGAGUUGAUGGACCGCUUGGAGCAAGUGCAGCUCACAGAGGAACUUGCUGCUCAAAGAGCUCAAUAUCUAAAAGAGAAGAUGGAAGAAACACAACACUACAAGAGAGCUUUGGAUGCACAGGUAAAGAACAAACCCCCCCAGCUGCCCAUGUUUGAGCCCGACUCUGCUGAGCCCAUCUUUGGUAAGAACGAUGGAGAAAGGGAGAUCGAAAAGCGAAAGCGAGAGCAGAGCUGCAUGAAGCAUCAGAUGGAGGCAGCCGCCAGCCACAAGAGGAACACCAUCCUGAACCAGCUAGUGGACCAGAGGCGAGAUCUGCAGAUGCUCCAGAGGACACAGAGAGAGCACAUGGCAGACAGAGCUGCUGAGCUGGAUCGAGUGAACAGACUCAACCAGUGCUUACAAGAGGACUGGGACAGGAGCCUGGCCAUGAAGAAGCAGCGGGACGUGGAGGAAAAGGCCUUUGAGCGGGCUUCGGACAAGCUGUUUCUCUUGGAUCAGUGUGAGAAGUAUCGGCGCUGCAGGCAGUGUCAGAGGCGCACCUCCAACACGGGCGAGAGCAACUUGUGGCCCCUGAAUAAGUUCCUGCAGGGCUCACGAUUGCUCGUGUAGAACUCAACGUUUGAACCUAUAUUUCCCGAGGAACAUUUAUUUGGAGUAGUUGAAUAUUUAGCGUGUGUAUAUUUGUACCUCAGAGGAAAAAAAAAAAGAUUGAGUACUUUCUAAUCCUUUCUUGAAUUCAUGUCGACUAAUUAUUUCCUGCGUGUCCUGCCUUCCUCUCACCCCUGCGAAUUCCCUGAACUUUGAAGGUGUUGGAAUAAAUCUUAACCUUGACCCCAUUGCUAUAGGGUCUGUGAAUGGAACCCAACUUCUUGCUGGAUGCUGAGGGGGUGCCAACCCAGCUUUCUUUUAGAAAAAAUUUCACAUCUAUAAUGAAUACAUUAAAUAUAUAUAU